AUGUCGUGGCGCGGAACAUUGACGUGAGUGUGGGAAGAUGAUGACGCUGGCAAGUUGCAGUAGACUGAUGCUGUGACCUUGCUCAAUGUUGCGUUGUGCCCGACUCGACUCCGCCCAUCUCAUAUUCACCUCUGAAUGUAACCCGUGGACGUUGCCUCGUACAACGCUUUUUGAACCUGAUAUCCUCUCUCGGAAUACUAUACCAUACUGCGUGCCUCGACGACGACGUUACGCUCGUGCUCGCCUCUACUCCGCCUAUGCCUCCUCCCCUCCCCUCUGUAAUCCCAUUCGACCCGCCUCGUCCGCGCCUCGCCCUCCAUCCGUUCGUCGGAUUUACUCCUGACCAGCUUCAACAAGUACAUCCAAGUCGCGGGCCGAGCGACUCGCCAAGCGUUGAAGGAGGAGGAGCGCGUCAAGGCCGAGCGACGCGGCGACAUCACCCUCAAGUGGCAGACGUGGAAGAACGGCAAAGCCUCGGCUGCUGUGAGUUGGACCCCUGCAAACCGACUCGCGGGUUUGGUUCGGGCGGGGCACUGA